GCUGAUUUCCAUGACCAGUGACCACCAUGCCAUCUUCUUUACCGAUAAAAAUCAAUCCGGGCCGAGGAAGCAAAAGGCGACGGGGGAAAGCAACGGAGACGAGGGCAACGGACCAGGGCUGAGAGCCUAAGACCACCACACCUCCACUGCCUCACGGACGAGAACGCAGGAAGGAUGGCGGACGGCACCGACGUGUCGCCGGAGUCGGAGGCGACGGCGGCAGCCGGGAAGAGCGGGGAGAUCUGGGGAACGCUGGAGGAGCUGCUCCUGGCGUGCGCCGUGACGCGGCACGGCACGGCGAGCUGGGACUCGGUGGCCAUGGAGGUGCAGACACGGAUCCCCGUGGCGGCGCGGCCAGGCCUCACGCCGCACAGCUGCCGCCUCCGCUUCCGCCACCUCCACCGCCGCUUCUCCACCGUCGGCAGCGGCGGGGUCGAGGAGGCCGAGGAGGAUCCCGACGCCUCCGCUGCCGAGGGAUGGGUGGACGAGCUCCGGCGGCUGCGCGUCGCCGAGCUCCGUCGCGACGUCGAGCGAUGCGAUCUCUCUAUCGGGACGCUGCAGUCAAAAGUGAAACGGCUGAAAGCGGAGCGGGAGCAGAGAGCCUCCGGCGAGGCUGUGAGCGACCACGAUCGCCUCUCAAGCGAGGAGCCCGGGUGCUCAUGCAGGGAGUCGAACUCCACAGAUCUGAAGCCGCCCAAACAUCCCAGCCAGCUAGGCGACGGGUCUAAGGAGGAGAAGGUUGCGAAACAGGAAGCGUCCGUUGAGUCGGCGGUCGAUUCCAAAGACAGCAGCGAAGUGCGGAGCUCGGCGAGCUUGUGCCGCCGCCGCCGUGGAAGCGGGAACGCUGAAGAGGAGGAGGCGGAGGCGGAGGCGUCCAAGUCCUCUCCGCUCACUUUCCUGCUCGACGCGGUCUUGGCCAAGCUCGGUUGCGUGCUGGACCGGUUACGCGAAAACGACAGCGAGGAAUCUGCCAUGUACCGGGACACGAUCAGGCGCCAUGUGGACUUGGAGACUCUGCGGCGUCGGCUGAACGCGUCGGCCGGCUCGCGCGCCGACGAUGACAGCCACUCCUCUGCGCACGAGCUCUAUCGCGACCUGCUGCUGCUCUGCACGAACAUCGUGGUCUUCUUCCCGGGUGGCACCCCCGAGAACUCCGCGGCUGUCGAGGCCCGCGCGCUCGUCACCGGGCACGCAUCGGCGGUGCUCCACAAGCCGAAGCAGGAGAACGUGGCUGUGGCUGCGCCGGCACCGGCAAGCGCCGACAUCGUUGGUUCGCUGAUCGAGAAGGGGAAGCCGCUGAUUGUGUGCCGCAAGCGGAGCUCCAUCGCGAAGGCCGCAGCGUCUGCGAGAAAGGAGGAGAACACGAUGAAGGGUGAGACGGCGGAAGAGACGGAGGACGAGAAGAAAUCCGUGGCUGCGGCGACCAAGGACAAGACGUGGGGGGUGAGGACGAAGAAGAGCCGCGGUGGCAAGAACUCCGCGGGUCCAGGCCGAAACCUAGCGGACGGUGCUGACGGGCCGAGGAAGGGCGCCGGUGCUGGCACUGACGGGCUCGCCAAGAAGCGGAACGCCGUAGACUUCCUAAAGCGCCUGAACCAGUCGCCCCCCAGGAAGCGGGGGUCGGGGUCCCACCUGGGUACGACGCGAAAGCGGCCGGCGGCGAUGGAGGAGCAGACGACUAAACGCAAGAGAGGAACCGGACGGAAGGAGGGCACCGGACGCGGUGGAUCCAGGAGGGGCGGCAAGGCUGCCGGGGCGAAGAGAGGCGUCGGGCGGCCGCAGAAACGAGGCCUAGCACCAGCCACUCCGCCACCGUCCAAGAGGACCAAGACGAACAGCAGCAGGUCGGAGAAGUCUUUGGGAACGGGAAAGCGUGGCGGGAGAAGGCAGGUAGGAUAAGAAUGACCGUGGAAAGACCUCAUAAGCGGUGAUAGCAAGUGAAGCCGUAGUUUCAGUUUCAGCUGUGUAAAUUACGUAGGUUGUGGUAGGUAGAGGAGCCGAGCUGACACGCUGUUUGUGCGACAGACAGAUCUUGUGUUUCUGGUUGUGUUUGAACUGAUAGCUCUGGUCGUGCAACAAUUGAAGGGUGAACUGCAAAAUGUAUUUUUCUUCUUCUUUUA